UAUGGCGUCGACCUGCAGGCUUUUCUCAAGAUUAGCAGCUCGUCUGCCUGUGGGUGUCCGGCAAGCCUCUUACGAGGCCACCAGGAAAAAUCUCUCCAUCAACAAAAGCACUAAAGUUAUUUGCCAGGGAUUUACUGGAAAACAGGGCACUUUUCACAGUCAGCAGGCUAUUGAGUAUGGCUCUAAUCUCGUUGGUGGGGUCCCUGGUAAGGGGGGUAAGGAACAUCUAGGCUUACCUGUUUUCGGCUCUGUCAAAGAGGCAGUUGAUGCUGUGCAGCCAGAUGCCUCUGUGAUAUACGUCCCACCAGCAGGAGCAGGGGCAGCCAUACUGGAAGCCAUUGAUGCUGAGAUCCCACUGGUGGUGUGCAUCACAGAGGGGAUUCCCCAACAAGAUAUGGUCAAGGUCAAACACCGACUGGUCAGGCAGGACAAGACAAGACUGAUCGGACCUAACUGUCCUGGAAUUAUUAGGCCAGGAGAGUGUAAAAUUGGAAUUAUGCCAGGUCAUAUACACGAAAAGGGAAUUAUUGGAAUUGUAUCUAGAUCUGGCACAUUAACCUACGAGGCUGUUCACCAGACAACAAUAGCGGGACUAGGCCAGUCCCUGUGUGUGGGAAUUGGGGGUGACCCUUUCAAUGGUACAAACUUUAUUGACUGCUUGGAAGUCUUCUUGUCUGACCCACAAACUGAAGGCAUUGUUCUCAUUGGUGAGAUCGGUGGACAGGCAGAGGAAAACGCUGCAGCUUAUUUACUAGAGCAUAAUUCGGGUCCCAACGCCAAGCCCGUAGUUUCAUUCAUUGCUGGCUUGACAGCGCCCCCUGGCAGGAGAAUGGGUCAUGCUGGUGCUAUCAUUGCUGGAGGGAAAGGUGGAGCCACAGAGAAGAUACAGGCCUUGAAGAAUGCAAAUGUGGAGGUGACAAUGUCUCCAGCCCAGCUGGGGUCUAGCAUGAAAAAGGCCAUGGAGCGCAGAAAAUAGUAAGAAUUAAUAGGACACACAUAUAGUGACACCAGUUGGCAACAGAGAUAUGGCAGUUGAUGACAGAUGGUGACAACGCUCUGUUGGAUGCAGUACAGUGCUGUGAAAGCUCAAACAUGAACUUAUGUAGUUGGAUGGGCAGAAACCGUUCUGAUACAUGUUUGAAAACUUGUCCAUUUCUUUUAACUAAACAGGAAGUUUUGUGACUUAAUUUUGUUCAAUAUUUAUAUCCACAUUUCAGUGUACAUAUAAUUCAGCAGGGAAUAAACAUGUUUUUUUA